AUUAUUAUCGUAUUAUUUGUGGUAUUAUUCAUCAUAAUCAGAGAAUUUUGAGACUUUAUAUUUAGAAAAAUACAGUAUAUUAUUCAGUGAUAUUAGAUUUAACAACUAUAUUGAAAUAAAGUGUACUGAAUCCGAGUAUUCAAUAACAAUUUUUGAGUAUUGUAUCGUAGGUACAUGGUUUUAAAUUAUCCAAAAUGACUGAGAGUAAAAGAAUAGUUCCUCCAUUGCUCAGAGUAAUUUUAAAUGCAGACGAAGAGAUAACAAAGAAAUUUGUACUAUGGGGAAACAGUUUGUCUCCCUUUACAUGCUUAAGAAUGCAUUUUCAAGCUUUAGAGAUAACUUGCCACGGUAUUCCUUGGUUGGUAUUUUGGGUUGCAGUGACAUGGUUAUUCAACAAACCAAGUUUGGUACCUUUGCAAGUUAAUAUGCUUUUAGCUUUGAUACUGGAUAUUGUUGCCAUAGCUUUACUAAAGGCCUAUUUUCGAAGGAGGAGACCCAUGGGCAACAAGGAUGAUGCAUUUGCUCAGAUAGGUCCAGACAACUUUAGUUUUCCAUCGGGUCAUGUAAGUCGUGCAGCCAUGGUAGUGUUCAUCUUCAUCUUUCUCUAUCCGGUCUCUAUAAUUUUUUACCCUCCAAUGUUUGCCUGGGUGACAGUCUUAGCAAUUAGCAGAGUCCUAAUGGAACGCCACUACCUCUUGGACGUUGCAGGGGGAUUAUUCCUUGGUAUUUUCGAGGGGAUACUCAUGAGUAUUCUGUGGUUAAGCGACGAGAAUGCCCGAUGGUUGUUUAAUUGUAUUUCAGAUGAAAAACUGGAAGGAGGAGAGUUCCAUGUGUGAUAAUAAUAAUAAAGUGUUAUUUUAGUGAUACUUCUUUCUAUUUUAAUUGUCUAAUUAUUUCUUUGUUUUGAAUAAAAUAUUUUUCUAUU